CUGUAUUCCUUUUAUUUGUUUGCUGUUUACCAUUAGUCAAAUUGUGAUGAGCUAUGAGCGUGAAAAUCUUCCUGCCCAAUUUUCUAUUCCAUGCCAAAGAAAACUGUGAUAUCUAUGGAGAAAUACAGAUCAACGAAAACAAUGCCGUUUCAUACUUUAUUAUUGCGCAUCGAAGUUAUGAAAGCAGCAGCCAAACAGAGGUUACCACCAAAAAUCUGCGUCACUUAGGAUAUAUUUUUCGUGCCGGUCAAACUUCAAGAGUGCAAAACCGCGAUGUUGCUCUUAGCUUCGCCUAUGACGAAGAUACCCCAAACAUUUAUUUGCUCAAAUUGAGUAUAAAACCGGCGGAUACCAAACAGGCAAAUGUCUUCCUUUAUGAUGUGCCAAAGAUGUUACAGCUGUAUGAAUAUAGCGCCAAAAACAUAGCCGCUGGGACACAUAAUAGCAGACAUAGUGUAUCUGGCGGACAUGGUGACUGUGGGAGUGAUCAGAAUAAUGAUGUAGAUAUGUUGUGUAGUUUAUUGAGUGAACAUCGGCGAGAAAACAGUAAAACGCAUACAAAUACUUUAGUUAGUAUUUUUAAAAAUAUGUUUUUUUUCCUGCCUAAUCUAAUCACACAUACAUUAAUCCUUUUGUUUGAGUCCCGACUGCUCUUGCCUUUAUUACGAAAUACAUGUAUGUACGAACACUAUUUGGAAUGGCGAAAGUACCGAGAUUCUGGAAAACGUAAACUCAAUAUUACAGUGGACAAAAUACUCGGAGUUGGUGUAAUGCUGUUUCUACUCUUCUACGUUUCUCAUCCUGGUGAUUAUCUGCUUACAACAUCGCAUUUAGUUAUACGAAAGCUACGUUUGUUAUUACGAUCACUCAAAGGUAGUCCGAUUGGCUUAAAACUGAAUGAGCACCUUAACAAUUUUUUGCUCGACUGUUUUAAUUAUCAUAUCGAUUUGUGGGCCAAAUUUUUGGAUCUGAUUGAGCCGAUCGUGCUUCAACUUUUCGUUCCAAUUGCAUUACUUGGUUUAAUUGGAUUGUCUUUUCAAUUGGCCUCGCUACCAGUUUUGAUAUCCAUAAUCGGUCUACAUGCACAUUGCUUUUAUAUAUAUACAGCAGUAUUGUAUAAGGUGGAAAUCAAAGGCAUUCAAGUGCUCUGGAAGGUGAUGCUGGGAAAACGUUACAAUGUACUUAAAAAUCGCGUAGAGUCACAUAAUUACGUCACCCGCCAGCUAUACCUUGCAACUAUAUUCUUUACAGCACUACUCUUCCUUUUUCCAACUGUACUGGUUUAUUAUGUAGUAUUUACGUCUUUACGGCUUUGUAUUUAUCUAGUUAAUUUACUCGUUCAAGUAUUACGUCGAAAUCUUUUAGAUUUCCCUCUUCAAAGGCUACUCAAAUGGACUAUUGGACAAUUUUACGAUAUGGAGAGUAUAUACCUCGCUCAUAUACCCUAUUCGCCAUCACCUUUGUUGCAGCCAGAAACUACAGAAAUACAUAUGUACGUUUUCGAAUUAAACAUACAAAAAUCGCCUUUGAAUCGGGUAUUUUCAUGUGAAGAUGGAAUCCUGGAAGAGGUGAAAGCAGAUGAUCGGAUGUCAAUUAAAAAUGCGUUCAAUCGCAUGCUUAGAGGAACAUUUUAACGAUGUUUGUAUUUCUUGAUACAUGGAGAAAUGUGUAUCGAUAAAAAUAAUAUUUAAAACUUAUGAAAUUUUAAAUAAAAUUCGAUUUACAUUUUA